AUGAAGAAAGCUGAGGUAGUCUUCGUUCCAGCACCAAUUAUAAGCCACCUUGUAUCCACAGUACAGGUAGCAAAGCUCCUAGCAGAGCGUGAUGAGAGGCUUUCAAUCACCUUCCUCAUCAUGAAAAUACGUGUUGACUCUCAGGUCGAUAGCUACAUCGAUUCAGUGAGUGCAGCUUGCAAACUUAUCCGGUUCAUUGACUUGCCUGAACAAGAGCCUGAUCCAAACCAACCCAGCAAGUUCAUCUUUUCUAUGAUUGAAACCCAGAAACCCCAUGUCAAAAAAGAAGUCUCUAAGCUUGUGAGUCAGUCCGAUUCAAGCCCUGACUCGCCUAAACUUGCUGGGUUUGUUCUUGAUAUGUUUUGCACACCGAUGAUAGAUGUGGCCAAUGAAUUUGGUGUUCCCUCUUAUGUUUUCUUUACAUCAGGGGCAGCAUUUCUUGGCCUUCAGUUUUACAUUCAGGCUCUUCAUGAUGAGCAGAAAGUAGAUCCUACUGAGUUCAAGGACUCAGAUGCCGAGUUGGCCCUGUCGUGUUUGGCGAACCCACUUCCUGCUAAGGUCUUGCCUUCUGCUGUAAUUGACAAAGAGUGGCUGCCUGUUCUCCUUGGCCUAGCAAGAAGGUUCAGAGAAACCAAGGGUAUUAUGGUAAAUACAUUUGAAGAGUUGGAAUCCUAUGCUGUGAACUCUUUCUCUAAUGGUAACACUCCUCCGGUGUAUCCAGUGGGUCCCAUUUUGAAUCUGAACAGUGAUGAUGAUCAUGACAUGGAGUCGAACAAAAGCAACACAUACAAAGACAUCAAGCAAUGGCUCGAUGAGCAACCGCAAUCCUCCGUAGUUUUUCUAUGUUUUGGAAGCAGGGGAUGCUUCGGUGCAGACCAAGUGAAAGAAAUUGCAUGUGGACUAGAGCAGAGUGGGUGCCGAUUCUUGUGGUCUCUACGUCAACCACCACCGCAGGGUAAGACGGGAGCUCCGAGCGAUUAUGAUAAUCCUCAAGAAGUAUUGCCUGAAGGAUUCUUAGCUCGCACGACUGAGAUUGGAAAAGUGAUCGGAUGGGCUCCGCAGAUAGAUAUCUUAGCUCAUUCAUCUAUAGGAGGAUUUGUAUCGCACUGCGGAUGGAACUCUGUGUUAGAAAGCAUAUGGUUCGAUGUUCCGAUUGCUGCAUGGCCAUUAUAUGCAGAACAGCAAUUUAAUGCUUUCGAAAUGAUUGUUGAGUUAGGGUUGGGAGUUGAAAUCAAAAUGGAUUAUAGAAUGAAACUUAAUGCAGAGGAGAGUGAAAGUACUAAUGUAACAGCUAGGGAAAUAGAGAGAGGAAUAAGGAGUUUGAUGGAGCUUGACAAGGAUAAAAAGAUGAAGUUGAAGGAAAUGAGUGAAAGAAGUAGAAAGGCUUUGAUGAAUGGUGGAUCCUCGUAUGCUUGGUCAGGUCGUUUGAUUCAAGACAUGGUAGACAACAUGCUAUGA